GUAGGCGUCUUUAUAAACUAUUACCAUGUAUAGACUAAUGUAACUCUUAUGACUGGUGGCAUAUAUAGUCUCCUGUCGAUUCCCAUAAUCAAUAUCAACAUCGGCGUAGGCACCUGCAUCUCUUAUACUCGAGUGCCCGAUCCAAACUCCAUAUCAUAUCAAUAUAACCUUGUAAUAGCAUCAUAUAUAUUCCUCCAUAUUCAUAUUUCCGUCAUACAUGAUCAAGCGACGAUGUCAUAGAAGAGAAAAAUGACCACGAUAUGCAAUAGAGAGGGAGGAAGAGGUAGAGAACGCCGGAGCGGGGAGGGAAAGAAAAGAAAAGAAAAGA